AUGUUUCGCCAUAUCUCUAAAUUUACAGCAUCUACAUUCAAAUAUACCACUUCUCUGUUCUUACAAUGCAAUCAUGAUUACUCUCCAACAUCAUCAUCAGUAGAAUUAUGGCUACAGGACAUCCAUAUAGGUUUAGACGCUUUGCUUGACGACCGUAUCAUAGAAGCAGAGGACAUCUUUCUCCAAAACAAGUCAUCUCCAAUUCAUGCAUUUGGUUAUGCUUUGGUCUUGUACACAAAAGCCAUGCUGUCGAAUGAGCCAUCCAAGGUGGAAGAAGCCGUGGAAUAUAUCUCUAAUCUAGAGACUCACAUCAAACGCAUACUACUUCAUAGAAAGAAACGCAAAGGUCAUGCCAAAAUACCUACAUCAUGCUCUGUACCGCUGGACAUUCAAUUUGAAAAUCACACAUUAUGCGAUCAAGAUGAAUACCUUCAUAUGCAGUUUGAACUGAUCUAUGCGAAUUGCAUACUCAUGUUGGCUACACUGCAGUUUUUGCGUGAUAGUUGGAUAGAUCAUGUCAAAGCAGCAUAUGAUUUGCGAAAGGCUUACAAGAUGUACGAACGCAUAUUUAAAGCACUGACGGGCAUGAGCAUCUUGGAAUACCAAACAACGGCAAUAACAACACCAUUCACAAGGCAUACCAUGACACCAACGAGAAGAACUGUAUCCUGUGAUGACGGCAGAUUUGCUCAUCAGUCAUCCACUACUGCUACUGCCUCUACAUAUCAUCAAACAGUGGAGCAUGGUGCUUAUUUUGGCAUUGGCUUAUUCCACAUCAUAUUUUCAUUGCUGCCGUCCAAAGUGGGCAAGCUCCUCAACAACAUUGGGUUCCAUCCUUGCAGAUCAACAGCCAUCCAUUUAUUACGUGUAACCCACAGCGGCGCAUCCAUGUACUCUUCACUCAGCGCGCUUGUACUGUUGACAUUCUACACCAACAUCACCAUGUACAUACAGCCCAACAUCAACCGUUUUUUUGUCUUUAAAGAUGCAAACGCCGUACUGCAAAAGAUGCAAUCAAAAUACCCCAAUGGCAGGCUCUGGCAAUUGAUUCAGGGCAAAUUUAAACGCAUCGAGUGUAACUUGGCAGAUGCAGUGGCAUUAUUUACAAAAGCCAAGGAACCGCAGCAUGUACAGCAAGAGAAUAACAGUAAGCAGCAAUUAGACGCGCACAACUAUUUUCGAAAUGCCUCUAUCAACGAGUUUACUCAGUUUCGAUCGUUUGCCAUCUAUGAGACGGGAUGGGCCCACAUUUACGCUGGCAAUUAUACGCAAGCUUCUGAAGCCUUCUUUUGUCUAGAGAGCAUUUGCAACUGGUCUCGCCUGUUUUAUCACUACAUUGCCACUUGCUGCAUGAUAGCUGAAGGCAUGUACGAGAAAGCAGCUCUAGAAUCUAUCCAAAUGAUCAACAUGUUUGAACAAAAAAGGAAACUAGGCCACCGCAUCUCCAGCAACGAGCACUAUGCAGAGUCCAAAGUCGCUUCUUGGAUAGCCAUGUCAACAUCCCUCCCUUCUCAAUCACUCGAGGAGACACUCCACACGGUAGCAAACCCGAUUUGGGAACUCGUCUACCUGUGGCAUGGUACAUGUUAUUGGACCCAUGAGGUGAUUUCAGACAUCAAAUCACACGCCACUCGUAGCAACAGCAGUGAUCCCAUGCUGUAUUUGAUUCUGGGUGUCUUGUACAGAGACAUGGACAGGAACUUGGAACUGGCCAUGGAACAGUUCAACCUGAUCUUGAUGAUGAAAAAAGAAGCAGCUGGUUGGAUUUACCCGUAUGCCAUGUAUGAAAUCGCUGCUACUCAAUGCACGACUUUCAAUAGUGGCACAAUUCUUGUUAUUGUGACAGAUUGGGUGCAAUGCAUAGAAGCCUAUUACCAACAGCAUCCGCAAGACAAAGAAUGGGAAUGUCGUAUGCAAUUGAGGUGCCAACUUUUAUUGGAAUCCUGUUGUGUGUAG